CGGGCCCCCAGAGCCGCGCCUGCCCCUCACCCAGCCAUGGGGGACCUGCCGGGGCUCGUUCGCCUCUCCAUCGCGCUGCGCAUCCAGCCCAAUGACGGCCCGGUCUUCUUCAAGGUGGACGGCCAGCGCUUCGGCCAGAACCGCACCAUCAAGCUGCUCACCGGCUCCUCCUACAAGGUGGAGGUGAAGAUUAAGCCCCCUACUCUGCAAGUCCAGAGCAUUUCCAUUGGUGGCACAGUCGUCCCUCUGGAGCUGAAGUCUCAAGAACCUGAUGGAGACAGAGCCGUGUAUUCGGGCAUCUACGACACAGAAGGCGUAGUCCCAACCAAGAGUGGAGAGCGGCAGCCCAUCCAGAUCACCAUGCCGUUCACAGAUAUUGGGACCUUCGAGACGGUGUGGCAAGUCAAGUUCUACAACUACCACAAACGUGAUCACUGCCAGUGGGGGAGCCCCUUCUCUGUCAUUGAGUAUGAAUGCAAGCCCAAUGAGACACGCAGCCUCAUGUGGGUGAACAAGGAGUCCUUCCUAUGA